AGAGGGCGGGCCUUCCGGGUGUGUAUUUCCGGCGUCGGCGGCCGCGGCCGGGGACGGUGUGAGAGCGGUAAGAUGGCGGCCGCAGCGGUAGUGGAGUUCCAGAGAGCUCAGUCUCUACUCAGCACCGACCGGGAGGCCUCCAUCGACAUCCUCCACUCCAUCGUGAAACGUGACAUUCAAGAAAAUGAUGAGGAGGCAGUCCAGGUCAAAGAGCAGAGCAUCCUUGAACUGGGGUCUCUCCUGGCGAAGACUGGACAAGCUGCUGAGCUUGGAGGACUUCUGAAAUAUGUACGACCUUUCUUGAAUUCCAUCAGUAAGGCUAAAGCAGCUCGUUUGGUGCGAUCCCUUCUUGAUCUAUUUCUUGAUAUGGAAGCAGCUACAGGGCAGGAGGUCGAGUUAUGUUUAGAGUGCAUCGAAUGGGCCAAGUCAGAGAAAAGAACUUUCUUACGCCAAGCAUUGGAGGCAAGGCUGGUGUCUUUGUAUUUUGAUACUAAGAGGUACCAGGAAGCAUUACAUUUGGGUUCUCAGCUGCUGCGGGAGUUGAAAAAGAUGGAUGAUAAAGCCCUUUUGGUGGAAGUACAGCUUUUAGAAAGCAAAACCUACCAUGCUUUGAGUAAUCUGCCGAAAGCCCGAGCUGCCUUAACCUCUGCUCGAACCACAGCCAAUGCCAUCUACUGCCCUCCUAAAUUGCAGGCCACCUUGGACAUGCAGUCAGGUAUUAUUCAUGCAGCAGAGGAGAAGGACUGGAAAACUGCUUACUCAUACUUUUAUGAGGCAUUUGAAGGCUACGACUCUAUUGAUAGUCCCAAGGCCAUCACAUCUUUGAAAUACAUGUUGUUGUGCAAAAUCAUGCUCAACACCCCAGAAGAUGUCCAGGCUUUGGUGAGUGGAAAGCUUGCACUUCGAUAUGCAGGGAGACAGACAGAAGCAUUGAAAUGUGUGGCUCAAGCUAGCAAAAACAGAUCACUUGCAGAUUUUGAAAAGGCCCUGACAGACUACCGGGCAGAGCUCCGGGAUGACCCAAUCAUCAGCACACACUUGGCCAAGUUAUAUGAUAACUUACUGGAACAGAAUCUCAUCCGGGUCAUUGAACCUUUUUCCCGGGUACAGAUUGAACACAUAUCUAGCCUCAUCAAACUCUCCAAGGCCGACGUGGAAAGAAAAUUAUCACAGAUGAUUCUUGACAAGAAGUUUCACGGGAUUUUGGACCAGGGGGAGGGCGUCCUGAUCAUUUUCGAUGAACCCCCAGUAGAUAAAACUUAUGAAGCUGCCCUGGAAACAAUUCAGAACAUGAGUAAAGUAGUGGACUCCCUCUACAACAAAGCCAAGAAGCUAACAUAGAAUUGGCUCUGUAGCGGCCCUUUGGAGAGUGUGUGUGGCGGGAGAGUGAACCCUUGGGGAAAUGCUAGGAGAUUCUUUCUUUCUGUUCUACUUUUCGCUCGGAAAGUUUUUAACCCUCAUUGGUGCAUCUGUAUCCAGCGAUAGGCGGCCAGUUCUCAUGUAAUCAGCACUGGCCAACUUGGGAGUGGGGAAAUUGCUUAAAAAAAAGAAAAAAGAAAAAAGAAAAAAAAAAAAAAAGAUUCUAAAUAAAAGGAAAAAGGCUUACACUACCUAAAGCUGUGCUCUCUGCCUCCUGGGAGAGGGCCGCAAAGCCAGGCACCCCACCAACCACCGGGGACCCUCAUCCACCUGCUGGGCGCCACCUCUCCUCCUCUUCAGAAUUGGGUGUUUGCUGACCAUCAAAAGCAACGACUUUUUAUUCUGUUUGUACUGAACCAAAACAAACAACUGUGUAUAGACUGCUGUUUUCUUUUUUAUUUGAAAUGAGGCGUUGGUGUUCUAUCCCUGCCAUCUGGCCUGUCCCCUUCCUCUCUGACAUUGGCUCCAGCAGACUGAAGGGCAGGCUGAUGUGCCACCAUUACCCCUGCAGUACGGCUCUGCUCUGACCUGUGAAAGAAUGGGAACAAGUCCAGGAGCCAGUGUCCACUACGGCCGGCCACACGGGCGCAGUGUGGGCCUCAGCCCUCAGGCUGCCUGCUGUGCAUGUGGCUUUUCUCUAACACAGUAACUAGAUUAGAUGUCAGUGUUUUAACCAUCCCCUCCUCCCCUCUUUGCUUUCUUCUCUUUCCUCUCAGCCAGGAGACCAUAUCCUUUCUCUUUCCCCUCUAGAGGAGUUGGGCUGUCUGAACUCCAUCUGCUGCUUUCCCUCUCCACCCCUCUUUCCUGCUGUCAGAUGGCUCUAUCCCUUUUCAAAACAGUGAACAUUGGGAAUGAGGCUGGGGUGGGGGGUUUUGGGUAUUUUUUGUUUUGUUUUUAAUAAAAUUUUUUUUUCCUCGUUGGAUUUGAAGCACCCUCAUGUCCCCUUCCUAGACUGUCUUUCUUUCCCUCUUAAGAGUGUGAGCCAACGGGGUGGCGCUGUUUUAGCAUGCUUUGUCUCUGACGCAGUUCCCUAGCAGGCUGGGAUGCCGUUCGGGCAGGUGAAUGCCUGUACUUUUGCUGUCCCCAUGUGCUGUGUCCUCUCAUCCACACGGUCUUUUCUCUUUCUCCCCUCCUGCCUCCUUCCUCCUAGCCUCUUCUCUUUCUUUAGAACCUUUCUCAGAUUACCCUUCCAGGUUUUGGUAAUAGAUUUCUAUUUUGUAAAAGGAUUUUGUUGUACCAGGUUUUGCAUCUUCACUGAAUCUGACUGGCUUUUAUUUUCCUCUUCGAAAUCAGGUUUUUGUUCUCAACCACCUUCUCUCCCCAUCAUGUCCAGUCACUGUUUUGGUUUUGGCAUCAUCAAUAUCAAAUGUACAAACGGUUCUUGCUAACCAACACCAGGUAUAUCUGAUGUUCAGAUGAGUUCCAAUAAAAUAAUUUUUUUUUUCAAAA